AUGAAUAAGCAUUUAGUGAAUCUAACAAAGCGAAUAUCCGCUUACGCCAUGAAGGGGGACGUGGGACAUGCAAGAGUUCUGUUUGAUGAAAUGGGUCACAGAGACACUGUUUCUUGGAAUGUUAUGAUCAAGUCGUAUAUAGAAAACAACAGACUAGAUGAUGCAAGAGAACUGUUUGACGAAAUGCCUGAGAGAACCUCGUACUCUUGGAAUUCUAUGAUUAUGGGUUACAUAAAAGAUAGCAAGCUCUACGCUGCAUUGAAGCUCUUUACAGUUAUGCCGGAGAAAGAUGUCGUGAGUUGGACAUCUAUCAUCACCGGGAUGUGCCGGGCAUCAAGAGUUGACGAGGCAUGGUGGUUGUUUAAGCAAAUCCCAGAAGCUAAUUCAGUUUCUUGGUCCUCAAUUCUGUCAGGGUUUCAACAAAACGGAUUUCCCCAGAAAAGUUUACAUGUGUUCAAGGAAAUGUUGGUGGCUGGAUUUCAACCAACUUCUCAUUCAAUCACUAGUGCUUUGGCUGCUUGUGCCGAUUUGGCAAUGGCUUCAGUGAGUGAACAAGUGUAUUCUCAGUUGUACAAAAGGGGAUUCAACAACAACACACACAUCGGAAAUUCAGCAAUUUCUAUGUUUAUCAAGAGCGGUAGCUUUGAAAACGCAAGGCGUAUCUUCUUGGAAUUACAUAAACCCGAUACUGUCACUUGGAAUUCUAUGAUUAUGGGUUAUGCACAACACGGCCAUGGUGUAGCAGCAAUGGCUGCGUUCCACCAGAUGCAGAAAGCUCGGUUUUUGCCCGACAGAAUCAGUUUUCUGGGAGUUUUACAUGGUUGCAGCCACUGUGGACUCGUAAAUGAAGGGAAAAAAUAUUUCUAUGCAAUGCAGACCGAGUACGGGAUUUCACCAGGACCUGAGCAUUUUGCAAGCCUCGUGGACCUUCUAUCGCGUGUUGGGGAGCUUGAAGAGGCGAACGAGGUGAUUCUAAACAUGCCCUUUGAUCCAAAACCCAUUUUUUGGAGGACACUGCUUAAUGGGUGCAGAAUUUAUGGCAAUUUGGAUCUGGGAAUUUAUGUGGCAGAUCAGAUUUUGAAACUUGAACCCUACAAUUCCAGUGCAUGCUUGAUGGUUAUUGAGAUGUAUUCUUUGGCUGGGAAAUGGAAGGAGGUUGCAGAGAUGAGGAGGCAUAUGCAGAGGGAAAGAGAAAGCAAAAAACAGUUGGGUUCUAGCUUCAUUGAUGUUAAGGGGAAGAUUCAUUUGUUUACAACAGGUGAUGAUUCUCAUCCUCAAACAGAUUGCAUUUACCCAGUCAUUGAUUUGUUAUCUUAUGAAGCAGCUGAAUGCUUCAACAUUCGUGUAUGUGUAAAUUAUGAUAACUCAGUGGCCUAUUAG